AUGAUUGCUUCACUAAUUCACUCUUUUCUUUUUUGCGUCUGGUGUUUGAGUGCACUCACCUUGUACCUCAUGUACAGCGUCACAAAGUAUGAGGAACCCAAAGCUGGCUCGCCCAAGAAGCCCGUUUCUGUCCAUGUUCUUGUUCUGGGAGACAUUGGCCGUAGUCCACGCAUGACAUACCAUGCCCUGAGCAUAGCCAAGCAUGGAGGCAAGGUAAACUUGAUAGGGUAUCUCGAGACCUCCCCUCACCCUGAUGUUGUCAACAACCCCAACAUCACCCUCAUGGCACUCCCCGCCCCUCCACGCAGGCCGCCGUCCGUUCCCUUCAUUCUAUUUGCGCCCUGGAAAGUUCUCUACCAAGCCUACCAUCUCUUCCACCUCCUCGCCCGCGCCCUCCCACCAGCGGAAUGGAUCCUCGUCCAAAACCCGCCAACCAUCCCUACCCUCGCCAUCGCCAGCGUGAUCUGCGGCCUCCGCAACAGUAAACUUAUCAUCGACUGGCACAACUACGGCUGGACCAUCCUUGCCGGCACCCGAGGUGCCAACCACCCACUCGUCGCUCUCUCCAAACUCUACGAAUGCUACUUCGGCCGCAUGGGACACCUCCACCUCACGGUAACCAACGCCAUGGCGUGGCAGCUCCGCCAGCCACCCUACUCCAUCAGGGGGGGCAUGCUAGCGUUGCACGACCGCCCCGCCGCCAUCUUCCAACCCAUCACUUCCCCGGCCAUCAGAAAAGAAACCCUCACCCGGGUCCUCCCACCCUCAGAACAAGACCUCAUCCCCAGCAUCCUCUCCGGCGACACCCGCCUCAUCGUCAGCAGCACCAGCUGGACGCCUGACGAGGAUUUCUCCCUCCUCCUCGACGCCCUCGUCGAAUACGCUAACCCCCCACCCACCGAAACCACCGCGACCCGACCCCCCCUCCUCGCGCUCAUCACCGGCCAAGGCCCCCAAAAGCCGCACUACCUCGCCCAAAUCGCCCACCUCACCGCCAGCGGCCGGCUCCCGGGGAUCCGCAUCGCGACGGCCUUCCUCCCCUUCGCGGACUACGCGUCCCUGCUCGCGUGCGCCGACCUCGGCGUGUGCCUGCACCGCAGCAGCUCCGGGGUCGACCUGCCGAUGAAGGUGGUGGACAUGUUUGGGGCGGGCUUGCCCGUGGCGGCGUACAGUGGGUAUAAGAGCUUUAGGGAGCUGGUGAGGGAGGGGGUGAAUGGGAGGGGGUUUGAGACGGCGGGGGAGUUGGCGGAGAUUUUGGUGCGGUUGUUCAAGAGAAGGGGGGCGUGGGGGUGGGAGUUGGAGCGGUUGAGGGAGGGGGCGGUGAAGGAGGGGGAGAGGAGGUGGGAUGAGCAGUGGGAUGACAAGGUGGGGGUGUUGAUGGGGUUGGUGAUGUGA